AAGUAAAAGUUAUAAACUGUGAUAAAGCGCUGACGCACAGACACACGGACAGCCAGACCUACAGGGCCUUUGUUCAAGGCCUCCUUCGUGUCCAUCUCCUCUGUGUCCACCUGAACGUCAUCUAAAGGUCAUCUAAAGGUCAUCUGAAGAUGCUGCACAGUGUGAAGGCCUGUGAGCCGCCCACUGGAGGUUUCUGCUUUGAGAACAGCCGCAGGAAUGCUGUGUUGGAGUCCAAUUUGUCAGAGUUUGGCUACAAAGCUCCCAGUGCCAGAAAGACCGGAACCACCAUCGCUGGGAUUGUGUUCAAGGAUGGAGUGAUCCUGGGAGCAGACACCAGGGCUACAGACGACAUGGUGGUGGCGGACAAAAACUGCAUGAAGAUUCACUACAUCGCUCCCAAGAUCUACUGCUGUGGUGCCGGCGUGGCUGCAGACGCAGAGGUCACCACACAGAUCAUGUCGUCCAACGUGGAACUGCACAUGCUCAACACUGGGCGACCCCCACUCGUCGCCAUGGUAACCCGACAGCUGAAACAGAUGCUGUUCAGGUACCAGGGUCAAGUCGGGUCGUCUCUGAUCGUUGGAGGAGUGGACGUGACUGGAAAUCAUCUGUACAGUGUUUACCCACACGGCUCCUACGACAAACUGCCCUUCCUCACCAUGGGCUCUGGAGCUGCAUCUGCUGUCGCUGUAUUUGAGGACAGAUUCAAACCAAACAUGGAGCUGGAAGAGGCGAAGCAGCUCGUACGAGACGCCAUCACUGCAGGGAUUUUCUGUGACCUGGGUUCAGGCAGCAACGUGGACUUGUGUGUCAUCACCCAGGCUGGAGUGGAGACCCUGCGACCCUACGACAAGCCCACGGCGAAGGGCAAAAGAGAGGGGCAAUACAGAUAUAAACCCGGCACCACAGGCGUCCUCACCAAGACUGUGACCCCACUCUCUCUGGAUGUGGUCGACGAAUCUGUUCAGAUCAUGGACACUGAAUAAAACACAAUAAAAUGCUUCUUUUCAAUAUGUAGUAAUACAUCAGUGCACUAAAUAAAAAGAAAGACAGUGUGAUCAAUGGAUUUAGAGCAGGUUGUUUAUUUUCUCUAAAGCAUAACAAUAAAAGCUUUUGUUUGUUAAAUGA